CGCUCGAUGGCACUUGAAAACCCAUCCCACACCAUUAACCGUGUGCCCUGUACCGCCACUAGCUAGCCGAUCAUCACCACCAGCGGCACGAGGCCGUCAUACCGUCCAAUCAGUGUGUAUCAACAUCUGCAACCGAACGGAUCGUCGAAUCGUGACGCGCAUCUGACUGUGUGCUGUAGUGUUAUCAAACGCGGGUGUGUGUACGCGGAGCGUUAGAAGAUCUGCUAGUUCCCUGAUCUUUCGCUCUCUCUCUCUCUCUCUCGCACACGCAUACACGCAUUUGUUGGUGUCAGCUUUCAGCAUUAUCUCCUCGCCACGCAGGAGAGCAGCUUUCGGUAGUCGUGGUUUGGUGAGAGAAUCGUCAAACACAUCGCAGCAUCCGAUAAGGAGACGUGCUGGGAAGUACUAAACCAGGGUAGUGCCAAAAACCGGAGCUUGUCGUUUAGCAUUUAGCGUACGAUCGGACUUUCCUCCUCCCCCCCCCCCCCCGCCCAUCCCCUACUUCGGUAUAUACGCAUCAAAAUAUUACUAGAACGAUCGCAUUCUAUCGCAGCAUGGUGUAAAACCUGUUAGGCUGCCAAAGUGAUGCUCCUACCCAGCGGUGGCUUCUGGUUCCGUGUGCGAUAAAGUGUGCGAUCAGACAUCGCGCACAGUUGGGUGAUAGUGGACGAUUGUUUCAAAAUCGAAAUCGUGCGAUCGACCCUUGCAGUGUGCUGUACAGUGAAUGGCAGAAAUUAUAAGUAUCCAAGUGUAAGAUUGAAGAAAAAAAAAAACAAAUCAAAUCAUACGUGUAUUGUGAUCAUCGCCACCCAAACAUCACAGUGCUCUCCCUUCGUAAAGUAUACAGUUCCGUUUCCCCGGGGAGACCCUACGAGCACGGUAAACAUACCAUGUUGACGGUACGAAUAAACGCCAACCGAUCGGCGCGAUCACCCCCGUUCAGUUUGCUGCUCCGAACGUGCGUGUGUUUGCUGGUACUGAUCGGUCCGCUAGCACACAGCCCGGUAGAGGGCCAGUAUCUGCAGUCACCGUGUCCGGACGUGUUUUCGUACCGGCUCGAUCCGGGCACCAACCAGGUGUUUGGCUACGUCGAGCUGGAUGGUCUACGAAUCGGUCAGUUGGUCAAGCUGAACGUUGAUCUUUCAAUUGGCGUCGCCGUACCGCAGAACAACGUCGGAUCGAUCACGUUAGUGAAAUCGAGAGAACAAACGUUCCGCGACAUUUACAACAACGAACCGGCGCAGUAUCGCGUUAAUUUCCCGUUCAACAAUGUCAUCCCGAGUGUGCUGGCAAUUAGCGUGAACGGUCAAACCAUCUGUACCGGUCAGAAAGCGUCCGGCCGGGUAGUGACCACCAUCAACUUGGAGCAUUCACUCUUCACGCAGAUGCAACCGCUGGCCAACGGGAAUGGUGGUAACAACGUCAACCAGAUACCGUACCAGCCGCCACAAAAUGUGGCACCACAAGCACCCAUAUAUCGACCGGUGCAGCGACCACAGGUGAUACCAGCGCCACAAAGCCCAACAGUGGACUCCGUGGAGGAGGAGGAGGAGGAAAUUGGCUGUGGGCAACCGGCGCAAGUGUUUAACCGGCUCUCGAUCAACGGUAUCCGUUCGCCCAAGGGACAGUUCCCGUGGGCGGCACCCAUCUUCGAUACCGGCGUCCCAUCGAAACCAAGGUACAUCUGCGGCAGUACAAUUAUUACAGAACGGCACGUGUUGACCGCUGCUCACUGCCUGUACAAUCCGGCGGGUGAAGAGCGAACGCCGUCCGAUAUAACGAUCAUACCGGGCAUGUACAACAUCGACGACUUCUUCGAUGGCGAUCUGCAGGAGCGCAUCGUCACGCGCAUCGUUAUCCACGAAGAUUACUAUUUUGAGGAUUCCGGACUAUCAGAUUCCGACAUUGCCCUGAUGAAGGUCGACCAACCGAUUGUCUAUAACAAUCUCGUACGGCCAAUCUGUCUGUGGCAGGGAAGUGACAACCUGGAGCAGAUUGUCGGCACCAAGGGUUUCGUGUCGGGGUGGGGUGUUACCGAGGAUGGAAAUGCGAAGUAUCCUAGCUAUGUUUUGGCUACCGUUGUCGAUCGACGAACAUGCUCUCGUAACCUGGACAAGUUUAUUGCCGGCACGUCACGUUUGUUCUGUGGGGACGGACACGGAUCGGUACCGUGCACCGGCGAUUCUGGCAGUGGGCUCGUUAUCAAACGUGGUACAAAAUACUACAUACGCGGUAUCGUAUCUGUCGGACAGCGUGACCCUAAUACACUAACAUGCGCACGUGACAAAUAUGUAGUCUACACGGAUGUUGCACCAUUCCGUUACUGGUUGUCGAAAAGCAUAAGGCUCUAGAGGAUUAAACACCUUGUCCUGUAGCCUGCACCUUGCCUCAAGCUAGCAAGUAAUUCUGUGAAUGACACACGUACACACACACACACACACACAUAGACGGCCAAAUAUUGCGUACAACUGAAUACUGAAAAAUACGCUCCUUAGAGCUAUUACUUUAUUGCUAGAUCUUGGUAAAGGUAAAACAAAAACCAAGAAGACUCAUGCCCACCCGGGAUCGGUGUGCUGCUCGAAGGGAUACCCGGCCAGUGGACAACCGAUAAAUAGUGUAAUGAUAAGAACGCGAAAGAUGUGCGUUUUUUGUUCGGAGGUAAUCCAAGUCAACAAAACUAAGAAAAUAAAGGAUACAUUGCGUA